GUAGAAAGUUCACUAAAGAGAAAUAAUGGAGGAAAAAAGAGCUAUGUUGAACUCAUUGAUAUUACUAAUGAUAAUUUCCAGUUUUUGCCUCGAACUGACAGUUGCAGAAACCUACUGCCAUGCUCAACGUCGCUUGUUAAUUGACGCAUGCAAGAUAUUAAUCUUGAGGCAGGCUCCCCCCGCUGAAUGUUGUCGUCGAAUAAGAACGACUCCAGCGUGGUGCGUUUGUCCUUCUGUAACACCACAGAGAGCGGCUCUCAUCGAUGUCAAUUACGCUGUUGGGGUAAUCCGUCAAUGCGGUCGACAUGUAGCUCGCGGUACCAAAUGUGGAAGUAUCACAGUUCCAUAAAAAGCCGUUUGAGACUAUGGAGACGAAAAUAUCGUUGCCUUAAACUAUCGUCCGUCUCCGCGUUGUAUCUGUUUUAAUAUUAUGGCAUUGACGUUGGCCUUAUUUUGAUGUGGAAUAAAAUAAUGUCUGAAAAUUAUUUAUACAAUUUCAGUAAAAAAAAACUUUCUAUAUUUUCCAUCUGAACAAAUUUAUUUCGUUGCAUGUGAUUUCAACUCCUAUCUACGAACCUUCG